UCCAAAACCCACAACACUAAAUUUCCUUCUAUAAAUAUGCAAAUGCUGGUUUCACAUUCAAUGUCAGAAAAUUAAAAAAAAAAAAUUAAAAGAAAAAGAGAUGAGCUUGUGCCCAUUUCUUCACUUGUUUUUCCUUCUUAUUUUAUCCGGUUGCAUAUUCUGGUUUUUCAAAUUCAUUUCUUCAUCAAACAUGUGGAAUCGUAUAAAGUUGAUGAUUUCCCAUUUGAAAUGGGCAUUUGAUUUCUUGGUUGAAUACUGUCUGAUUCCCAAUUACAUGCACAAGUUGCCAGAAAUGAGGGGAGAGACGAGAUUCAUAACCUGCGGUUACAGAUGCAAAGUAGAAGAAGAAGAAGAAGCAGAAUGUGCAGUGUGUCUAUGCAAGGUUGAAGAAGGAGAAGAAAUUGCAGACUUAAAAUGUGAUCAUGUUUUCCAUGGAGUUUGCUUCAGAGCAUGGAUUAGUAGCGGGUUGAGGAAACCCACUUGUCUGCUUUGUCGAGACUCCAUAGCUCAGCCUUCUGCCGGUCCUGAUGCAACCAUGGAGGUUUUGGAGUUCAACUUCUGCUACUUUGGUUCUGAUGAUCGGGAUAGGUGGUGGCUACGAUGAUUGCAGUCCACUUGUUUAAUAAUUAGCUUGUUCACGGAUAGAACAAUACUGAUA